AUGUCUGCUGCUUCGAAAAUCUUAUCUGAAAAGCCAUCUGAAUUGGAGUUGCAAGUCGCUCAAGCCUUCGUUGACCUCGAAGGUCAAUCCGACUUGAAGGCUGAAUUGAGACCUUUGCAAUUCAAGUCCAUCAAGGAAAUUGAUGUUAACGGUGGUAAGAAGGCCCUCGCUGUCUUCGUCCCAGUCCCAUCUUUGCUUGCCUACAGAAAGGUCCAAGCUAGAUUGACCAGAGAAUUAGAAAAGAAGUUCCCAGACCGUCACGUUGUCUUCCUUGCCGAAAGAAGAAUCCUUCCAAAGCCAUCCAGAAGAUCUAGACAACAACAAAAGAGACCAAGAUCCAGAACCUUGACCGCUGUCCACGACAAGAUCUUGGAAGACCUUGUUUUCCCAACCGAAAUCGUCGGUAAGAGAGUUAGAUACUUGGUUGGUGGUAACAAGAUCCAAAAGGUUUUGCUUGACUCCAAGGACUCCACCGCCGUUGACUACAAGUUGGAAUCUUUCCAACAAUUAUACCAAAAAUUGACUGGUAAGCAAGUCGUUUUUGAAAUCCCAGGUGACGUUUACUAA